CUAGGGUGUCCAAGCCCGUAGGCAUCACAGCCAAUCCGAUGAGUAGCGUCCGUCAUGAGCAUUACCUAAGAAAUGCCUCAAAUUCGUUUGAUGCUGGCGGUGUCUAUAGAGCUUGAAGUGCUGUUUCUCUUUACGAAAGACGUAGACGCGCGGCUAAACAAGCGCUCGCUUGUGAAGUCGUUGACCCACCCGAGCUUAGAUCAAGUUCACUCGCUUGGGCAGAAUAGUCGGCCUCCCUCAACACUCUCCAGGCAAGGAUUCCAACAUCAAUAGCGGCUCCUUGCACGCCCUCCCAAAAUGGCCCGCAACAGUGAAAAAGCCCAGUCCAUGCUCUUCCGCUUCCGCGCCCAGCAAGCUGCGGACCUAGGAAUCAUUGAUAUUGGCCGCACGCGGCGCCCCAAAGCCAUCACUUCCGUUGACUCGAUCCCGGCGUGCGAAAAAUGGCGCGGACAAGUGCUCAAAGAGAUCUCGCGCAAGGUCUCUCGGAUUCAAGAACCCAGCCUAUCAGACCACCAGAUCCGCGACCUAAACGAUGAAAUUAACAAACUCAUGCGCGAGAAGUGGGCGUGGGAAAUGCAGAUCCGAAACAUGGGCGGACCGAACUAUAUGCGCGGUUCGGGGAGGGUAUAUGAUGAUGAGGGUCGUGAGAUACCUGGUGGUGGGAAGGGCUAUAGGUAUUUUGGCCGUGCGAGGGAGCUACCUGGCGUCAAGGAAAUGCUUGAGGCUGCAGCGAGACGAGGGAGGGGCCCGGCCGAGGAGGAGGAGGAUGAUGGUAAGACUGUUGGGCGGGGUGGAGAUAUUGCGACAAAGAAGGUCGAUGCGAACUACUUCGGUUAUGGGCUUGAUGAGGAGGAUGGGACUCUGCUCGCUUAUGAGAUGCAGAGGGAGAAAGAGGCCGUGGAGAAGUUACGGAAGGAGGGCGAGGACGAGGAGGAUGUUGAGGAUGGAUGGGAACCGUUGCCUGGGGACGCUGGGGAUGGCAUCGAGUGGCGACUGCCAACGCUGGAGGAGGUGCAAGAGGAGCUUGUGGAUAGGAGGAGAAGGCGGCUUUUGGAGAAGAUUUCAUAAGGUUCUCGUUUGCAUCUUGUCUCUAGGCUUGGGAUUUCGUUUGUUUUACGGCGUAACUCGGUGCAUCUUGAAUUU